AUGAUCAAAGCUGAGUCUAUUGAUUUUCACCAUCAUUUACCACCUUAUCGAUCUUUAUUAAAUCCAAAUGCUAGAUAUGAUUAUAGAACUCAUCAAUUAAUACCUUUGAGUCAAAAUGAUUUAAAUUUUUUACAUUCAAUUUUUAGAAAUGGAGGAAGAUCUACUCCUUUAUUAUUAAAUGGUGAUAAUCAAUCAAAUAAGAAUAAUAGUAAGAAUAAUUACAACAACAACAAUAAAUAUAAGAACAACAGUUUUACAAAUGACAAUAUAAAUCGUAAUAAUUCACAAUAUAAUAGACAAAAUCAUCAACAAAGUCAACGACCCUUAUCAAGAUCAAGAUUCAAUAAUGCAAAUUCCAACUAUUGUUAUCAAUCAAGCCAAAGAGACAAUGAGGAUGAUAUAAAUGGUCAUAUGCUUCAUGACUGUGGCUCCAAUGUUAACACGACUGACUUACCACCUUCCACAGCAUCUUCAUCUUCUUCAAUUAAAUCCGGUUCAACUUCAAAUUUUUUAUUUGCAAAUAAUAAUAGAAAUAAUCAAUCAACUCCUUUUAAAAUGAAAUAUCGAAGUUUAUUGAAUGAUGUUGGAAGAACAAUUUCUUUAAGAUUAAGUAAUAGUAAUUUGAUUGCCAAUACAAUUCAACAUUCAUCAACUAUUGGUUCAAUUUCAAGAUCAAGUACUAUAUUGGGAACCGCAAAACAACCUACAGUUGAUAAUAUUAUCAAUUUACCAAUUGAAGUAUUGGAUUACAUUUUCUAUUUUGUUGAUGAUAAGAGUGAUUAUAAAAGUUGUCUUUUUACAUGUAAAUUGUUUUAUCAUAUGGCAAAACCUUAUUGUUAUGAAAAUUUGGAAUUUACUUCAACUUAUAGAUUUGCUCAAUUUAUUUCCUAUUUAAGAUUAAAUUCUGAAAUUGGUCAAUUUGUGAAAAAGAUUGAUUUAUCUGGUAUUAAACCGGGAUAUGAUGGAGAUGCUGAAAUUGAAGAAAGUCAAAUUAAUGAAACAAAUGGAGAAACUGAUACAAUUGAAACUGAAAUUUCACCAUCAAAUAAGGUUUAUGCAGGUUGGAGAGAUUGGAAAUUUAAAAACAACCCACUUUAUACAAAUCAUCCAUCUCCAAAUGCGUUAUCAAAAAUUAGAUCAAAUGCUUCAAAUUCUCAAGUUCUGAUUGUUUCUUCUAAAUCAAAUUCAUCUCAAAAAUCUUCUUCAUCAAAAAAAUUUGCAAAACCUUUCAAAUAUUUUAAAUCAAGAAAAAGAAGUAGACCUUUCAAUAGUGGUCGACCUAAAACAAGAAAAACUCCAAGAUUGGAAUAUUUAAAACUUCCUCCAAAUGCUGCUGUAUCCGGUUCAGAUAAGUAUUCAACCCCUCAUCCAUAUAUCAAUAAAUUCUUACUCAAUUACUCAACUUCAAAAGAUGUUCCAAUUGGGUAUAUUUUACAUAUGAUUAAUCUAUGUCCAAAUGUAACUAGUUUAAACUUAGGUAAUUUAUCAUUAUCCACAGAUUAUGAAAUCACAAGGUCAACAAUACAUAAAUAUCAAAAUUUUGAUCUAAUGAAUAACUAUCCAAAAGAUCUUUUAUCUAAAAUUGAAAAUUGUCUGAAAUUUGAUGGAAUUAAUAAUUUGGUCAAUUCAGAAGUUAAUAAUAUUUUCAAUAGUCAUCAUCUUUUCACCUUUAAACCUCAUGCAUCAAAUGUUUCAACUUCUUCAUCCAUUUAUUCAGUAACUACAUUUUCAAAACCAAUAAGAAAAUAUAAUAGUUUAUUACCUCCAUUACCACAAACUUUAUCUGAUAUUUCAUAUUUAAACAAAGGAGAUAAAAAAGUUUAUCUUUCAGAUUUAAAUUUAAAAUCAAUUAAUAAUACAUAUUUAAAAAAAUUAGAUGAAGUUGAAGUUUUAAGAGCAAUUACAAGAAAUCAUGGGAAAAGAGUUUUAUCUUAUAAUUAUGAUAUGAAUCAACAACAACAACCUAUAGAUGCUGAUGUAUCUGGUAGUUUAAAAUAUUUAAAUUUAUCUUCAAUGAUUUGGUUAAAUCGUACAUUAAUUGAAAAAUUUCUUAAAAAAUUAUUAACUAAAAGAUCAAAUAAUUUAACAGCAUAUGGAUUUUAUGAUAAUGAUGAAUUUUCUAAAUUUGGAAAACAUGAUUAUGAUGGAGAAGAAGAUAAAGAUCAUGAAUUUCAAUCGGAUAAUGAGUCGGAAUCAGAUUCAGAUUCAGAUGAAGAUGAAGAAAAUAAAAUUGAACCAAUAGUCUAUAAACAAGAUUUAAUAAUUGAUUUAACUGAUUCAGGAAUGUAUAAAAAUUUAUUAUGGGCAAAAAUUUUAAAUUUUAAUACUUUAGAAGGUUGUAAAUUAGCUAAAAAAAUUAUUUGUAAUGAAUUAAAAACACCAUUUGAAGAAUUUAUGAUAAGAGAAAGAAAUAGAAGAGGAAGACUUGGUGAAAAUUAUUUAGCUUAA